AUGGGCUCCUGCGUUUUUGCCUUCGUCGUGCUCGGUCUCGUCUACACCCAGGCCUUCGCCUCCGACCCGAGUCCACUGCAAGACUUUUGUGUAGCAGAGAACGCCCCCAAGGGUAUGUGCCGUGUAGCCCUCACGAUCUACACGCUGCUUUCUCCGUACUGCGAUCUUCUCAUAAUCAGGGUUUGGUGCAGUGUUCGUAAAUGGUGUCGUCUGCAAGAACCCGGCACAUGUCCACGCCGACGACUUCUUCUUCUCUGGCCUCGACAAGCCCGGCGACACGAACAACGCUCUCGGAUCCAAGGUCACCCCUGUCAAUGUCAACAACCUCUUCGGGCUUAACACCCUCGGCAUCUCGCUCGUCCGCAUAGACUUUGCCCGCCACGGGCUCAACCCUCCGCACACCCACCCGGGGGCCACGGAGGUGCUCACACUGCUCGAGGGCAAGCUCUACGUCGGCUUCGUCACCUCCAACCCGCCCAAGCUCUUCACCAAGAUUCUCAACAAGGGCGACGUCUUCGUCUUUCCCCAUGGUCUCAUCCACUUCCAGCAUAACAUAGGCCAUGAGAAUGCGGUAGCCAUCGCUGGCCUGAGCAGCCAGAACCCCGGUGUGAUCACCGUCGCCAACGCCGUCUUCGGGUCCAAUCCUUCCAUCAAUGACGACGUGCUAGAGAAGGCUUUCCAGGUCGACGACGAUGUCAUUGACUACCUUAAGUCCCAGUUCUGGACGGACAACCAGUGA